AUGGCAUCAUAUACUGCUACACGGAAACUCUACACCCUCAUUGUUCCUGUAGAUAGCCAGCGCGUCUUAUUAGGAUACAAGAAGCGUGGGUUUGGAGAAGGGAAAUAUAACGGUUUCGGUGGGAAGGUAGAACCUGGCGAAACUAUCGCCGAAGGGGCAAUCCGCGAGCUUGAGGAAGAGGCCUGUAUCAAGGCCAAGAAUCUACCCUAUCAUGGCAUCCUGUUCCUAGAAUCUACCGCAGAUUCUAAAGCUCCGAUCCUAGAGAUACAUGUUUUCACUGCAACUGAAUGGACUGGUGAGCCAAUGGAGACCGAAGAGAUGCGCCCAGUGUGGUUUGCACCACCCUCAACCACUCACGACUCGUCCGAUUCUCCUGCGAUCCCGUUCAAGAAUAUGUGGGAAGAAUCUCGUGAAUGGCUCCCCCUGAUUCUUGCGUUCUAUUUCCCGACCCCAAGAAGGGGAAAAAUUCAGUUUGCGCAUCAUGUAACUUUUAAGGGUGGUCCCAAUCCUGAGACUGGGUUAGAGGAUAUCUGGCAUGGAAUUGAUCGGGACCUGGAGGAUUGGACAGAAGAGGUCAGGGAGCAGUGGAUUGAAAAGAGGAUGAUGGCUUUUGAGAAUAAAAUGUAG